UCGUGGGAAUGUGCCAUUCGUCUUUCCCACGGUAGCGUCUGCUCCAGCCGCUGCGCAUUUGGCGGCAGCGGAAAGGCACCCUGGAUAGUUUCUCCGCUUUCUCCUCCGUGGGGUGAAGGGAAAAGUCCAGCCAUGCAGCCGGCUCAGGGUCCGGUGUCCUUUGAAGAAGUGGCUGUGCAUUUCUCCCAGGGGGAGUGGACCCUGCUGAGCCCAGCCCAGAGAGCUCUCUACAAGGAAGUCAUGCUGGAGAAUUUUGGGAAUGUGGCCUCUCUGGGACCUCAGAUUGCCAAACCUGACCUCAUUUCCAGGCUCGAAGAAGAAGAGGAGCUCUUUCUCCUGAUCUCUGACGAAGAAGGAGGAUUGGCAGGAGGCAUGUGGUUGUCAGUGAACGAAACAUCUGCGCAUCCAGUGAUGAAUAAAGGGGAUACAUAUUCAGAUGUGAAAGGGAAGGUUGAAUAUUGUGAUAAGCUGAGGACAGAGGAGAAAAGACAUCCCUCUAAAGGAAGGAGUAAUUCUGGUCUUUUAGAAAGUGAAAACACUCAUGAAAUUCCACUCCUUAAAGAAAAGCACAUAGUAUGCAAUAGAAAGAAGGGCACAGCAAGUGGGGAAAUUAUUUCUGAAAAUACAGGUGUUAAUAUAGAUUUGAAAACCCAGAACAGAAAGAAAAAAUUUAAAUGCCUGGAAUGUGGGAAAAGCUUCAUGAAUACUGGAAACCUUAAUUCCCAUCAAAGAAUUCACACAGGCGAGAAACCUUAUAAAUGCCUAAAGUGUGGGGAUAGCUUUGCUCAGAGAGGAAACCUUAUUUCCCACCAAAGAAUUCACACAGGUGAGAAGCCAUAUAAAUGUUUGGAGUGUGGGAAAAGCUUCAAGACUAGUGGAAACCUUAGUCAACAUCAAAGAAUUCACACAGGUGAGAAAUAUAAAUGUCUAGAAUGUGGGAAACUUUUUAGUCAGAGAGUAAAACUUACUUCCCACCAAAGAAUUCACACAGGGGAGAACCCCUAUAAAUGCCUGGAGUGUGGAAAAGCCUUUCGUGAUAGUGGAAAGCUUAAUCAGCAUCAAAGAAUUCACACAGGAGAGAAACCAUAUAAAUGCCUGGAAUGUGGAAAACGCUUCAUUGAUAGAAAAAGCCUUAAUCUCCAUCGAAGAAUUCACACAGGUGAGAAACCAUAUAAAUGCCUGGACUGCGGAAGAAAUUAUAGAUGUAGUGGAGAACUUAAUUCCCAUCGAAGAAUUCACACAGGUGAGAAACCAUAUGAAUGUCUGGAGUGUGGGAAACGCUUCACAACCAGUAGAAACCUUACUUCCCACCUAAGAAUUCACACAGGUGAGAAACCAUAUGAAUGUUUGGAGUGUGGAAAAAGCUUCACAACCAAUGGAAACCUUAAUUCCCAUCGAAGAAUUCACACAGAGGAGAAAUCUCAUAAAUGUUUACAGUGUGGGAAAAGCUUCAUUGACAGAGGAAGCCUUACUUCUCACCAAAGAAUUCACACAGGUGAGAAACCAUAUGAAUGUCUGCAGUGUGGGAAAAGCUUCACAACGAUUGGAAACCUUACUUCUCAUCAAAGAAUUCACACAGGGGAGAAACCUUAUAAAUGUCUAGAGUGUGGGGAAAGCUUCAGUCACAGAGGAAGCCUUACUUACCAUCAAAAAAUUCAUGCAGGCGAGAAUCCAUAUGAAUGUCUGGAGUGUGGGAAAUGCUUCACAGCCAAUGGAGACCUUAAUUCCCAUCGAAGAAUUCACACAGGGGAGAAACCUUAUAAAUGUCUAGAGUGUGGGGAAAGCUUCAGUCACAGAGGAAGCCUUACUUACCACCAAAGAAUUCACACAGGUGAGAAGCCAUACAAAUGUCUGGAGUGUGGGAAAAGCUUUAGGAUUAGUGGACACCUUGUGUGCCAUCAAAGAAUUCACACAGGGGAGAAACCUUAUAAAUGCCAAGAAUGUGGGAAAAGCUUCAGUCAGAUAGGAAGCCUUACUUCCCACCAAAGAAUUCAUACAGGUGAGAAACCAUAUAAAUGUCUGUAGUGUGGGAAAACUUCAGGGUCAUUGGGCUCCUUAACUGCCAUCAAAGAAUUCACACGGGGAGAGACCUUAUAAAUGCCUAGCGUGUGGGAAAAGUUUCAAUCAGAGGGGAAACCUUAAUCACCAUCCAAGAAUUUGUUACCCCAAUGGGUCUCUUUGCAUUCCCCCAGUGGGGGGAUUAGCAGCAAGUGGAGAUAGAUGGUGGGAGGGAACAGGCCCGAUCUCCAUCUUUAUCUACCAGGUCCAACCCUCAGAAGAAAUAACUAGAACGGUGGUUUUUCAAAACAGUAAUGAACUUUAUUGAUAGAGAAAUAAAGCAUACAAGAAAGCACAAAAGCAUCCCUCUAUCUACACACACUCACACAGAUGUCUAGGAAGGCAGUGGGAUAAUUGGAGAGAGGAGGGAUAGGGGAAUAGUUGCCAUAUAGACGAAUGGUGUUGUCUGGUGCGGAAAGCAGCUUUGAACAGCCAGCGUUCUUGUAGAGAUGCUCAGAUUUGCUCUGAAGGUGACAGCCUUGUGUGUCCCAGAAAGCUGCACACGUUGACUGCGAUCAGGUUGGUCCAUUGAUACUGUAAAAUGGACCAUAAGGCAGGAAGGCACAACUUGCCCCCAAUAACAAAAGUUUUAAAGUUGGCUCUGGGAGAAAACAAAGCAAGGGAUGUUUCUCUCCAGGAGGUGAUAAAGAAACGGCAUUUGUCUCUUAGAGGUGGCAGAGGAAUAGCGACAUAGCAUUACGUCUCUGAUGUGGAUCAAGGGAACGGAUGAAUGUUGAUUCCUAUUGUAAAAAUAAACAAAUUGGGUCUGAUUGAUGACCCAGGAAAAUUGGAUAGGAAGGGUGAUUUAACCUUUGAUUAGAGAAGAGAUGAAGUUGGAUGAGAAAGGUGUUAUCCGGGAAGUUGUAAAGCACCUUUAUUGUCAGGAUUCCUGCUUAUGUCCGGAGCAUGUGGGGGCUGAAGUUGGCCAGCUAAGAGCCUUAUAUUCCAUUAACCCUUUAGUAGCAUGCCAUCUCUUGCCUGGGAGGAUGCAACAGUUUUCUUUCUCCUCUGAGCAUCUUCAUUGGUGGUUGCAGCAGAUGAGGGUAAGGGGGGGGUCUUAUGCGUGCAUCCCUCAUAUCAAGGUAUAUGCGGACCACUUACAUAUUCACACAGGCAAGAAACCAUAUAAAUAUCUAGAGUGUGGCAAAAGGUUCAGUCAGAGCGGACAAUUUAAUUUCCACCGAAGAAUUCACACGGGCUAAACAUAAAUGCCUGGAGUGUGGAAAAGCCUUCAGUGAGAGUGAAAGUCUUACUAAGCAUCAAAAGAUUCACACAGUGGAUGGGGGGCUGGGUCUUGUGAUCAUGGCAGAUGCCUCAGUUCUUCACUCUGAGCCCCGUUUUCUACCUACAACCUAAUUAAAGCAUUUUAAAGGGGAGCGCCUCGGGGGGAAAAAAGAUGAGCAACAUCAGGGGAGGCAAGGGGAAGUCCUCCUAACCCCACUGUGAAAGCAUUCCUGGUGUCUACAGAAACAAAUAGAAACUCAGCAAGAAAAAAGAUGCCACAAAAAAUGGCCCCCGCUAAAAGCUCUGAGGAACUGGAACUAACGCAAGCCUUAGAAAGUGAGGAGGUAUGUGAAAUAAAUAAAGAAGCACGGGUUGAAAAUAAACUAAUUGACUUUGAUAAUAAACUAUGUUUUAAUAACAUCAAGCUAAGAGGCUUUGACGAAAACGAUGAAGGCACCACAGAACUUAUUGCAGGCUGACUACCCCAAGAAACAAAAGUGUAAGAGGGAAUUGCCCCAUCAUAACAAAUGCAUAUAAAUUGGGCUAGGCGAGGCAUUCGAAAAUAAAAAAGCAAAGAGAUACAGUUGUGAAACUCAUGGAUAGCAGAAUUAAAGGGAAAAUUAUGAAAGUAGCAAGAGCCACAGCUUUCUUUUCAAAAUAAAAACAUCUACGUUUAUCAGGACUUAUCCCCCGAGACCCUCACCAAGAGAAAAGAACUAAAAGCAAUAGCAACCAAAUUGUUGGAAGCCAACAUCAGAUACCACUGGGUAGCUUCUACAAGACUUGUCAUGUUUCACCAGGACAAGACCUUUCAGUAGCAACUUGGCCUGAACAGGACUUUGAGAUCCCUGACUUGUUGGCAGAUAGUCAGAGGCCUGAUGGCAUUGCUCAAUUGCCAAUUGGAGAAAAUUUGUCUGUUCAGCAACGUGACCAGCUUCUUAUGUUGCUAAAGAACUAUAGCCAAAUAAGCUAUAGUUUAAAAAUAAGCCUGGCAGAACCCAUUUGACUGAGCAUGAUUUGGACACUGGAAAUGUAGAGCUUGUGAGAAGUCCUACUUAUCCUAUUUGUGGACCCUUAAGGCAAGUUGUCCAAAAUGGAAUUUAGCAAAUGCUUGAAAUGGGAAUCGUUGAGUCCUGUUCAUCUCAAUGGUCCUCUAACCUUAUGAUUGUACCAAAGAAAAGGCUGAAUGAAACCGAUCCCUUGCAGUAUCAUUUGUGUGUGGAUUACAGGAAGUUGAAUAAAUUGCACAGGGUGGAUCAGUAUCCAUCUCCUAACAUUGAAGAGACUUUGGAAAGACUGGCUCAUGCAAAGUACAUUUCUACUCUGGAUCUUACAAGUGGCUACUGGCAAAUGCCUGGACAGAAAGUACUUUAUAUAUAUAAAGUUUUUUUUUAAAAUAGAGAAUAAGGAAUAAAAAGUAAAAGAGGGGGGAUAGAAAGAGAAGAAAAAAAAAGAAAUUGCAUAUCUAUUACAUCGCACCAUUCACUCUAAUACAUGUCUUAAUAUUCUGCUAAUCAGCUCUCUAUUUGCAAUUUUUUCCAUUUAUCUUCUAUAAUGUCCAUAAAGGACCACAUCUUAGUUGAAAAUUAAAUUUCUCCAAACUUAUCUUGUAUCCAUUUGUAAAAAGGCUCCCAAAUGUCAUUAUAGGUUGUAAUGUCCAAUUCUUUCAAUAAACUCGACAAUUUGUCCAUUUCA